UCUUAGAAAUAAAAUGGCGGACACUUCAACAUAACUUUAAAAGUAACUUCUUACUGUAGAUUAACUACAGGUCACAACAACAACAUACGACAGAAAAUCCCUUGGAUCGGAUGCUACGAUAGACAGUGAACUACAUAUUAUCUCUUGUCUGGCCAAGCUAUUUGUGUUAUCUAGCGUCUUCUUCCGUCGUUCGUACCCUAUCUGUAUCCACAAUGAGAGAUGACCGCAAGUGACGACUAUUGGACAAACUCAAGGCGUGGUCUUCUUCUAACGUCCAAUGAGAUUCGUGAUAUGUUUAUUUGAUGCUUAAGGCAAGUUCCUCUGACUUCAGACUCAAACAGUCUUCCUUGACAUGGAGAGCUUGCUAUUUCUUUGGUAUUUGACCCCUUGGCUGCUCUUCUUUCUUCUUGCACCUCAAGGACACAUCACAAUUCGUUUCAACGCGUGGCCUAGUUGUGUCACAUAACCGUGGUGAGAAGGCUACAUUCAGCUGGAGUUACAAAUUAACAGAAGACGAUACCAAGGCUUUGUCCCAGGUUGUAUUUGGAGUUUACAAAGGAGGGAGCUAUAAGCCAAUAUGCGCUUAUCAGGUCGAAAGCAAACAACAAUUUACAAACAACUGUUCAACUGGUGUGACGAAAUCAGCCUCCCACAUUGAAGCCAUUAACCCUCAAAGUAAAGCUACUUUCGUACUUAACAAUAUUGAACUGGAGGAUGAGGCUGUGUACUCCAUUCGACUUGUUGGGACAACUCACGAUAUGGAAAGUAAAACACGCCUUGUGGUGACAGUUCCCCCAAGGAUUGUUGAAAAGCCUAAAAGUAUAACUAUACUAGAAGGCAGAAAUCUUAAGUUGAAAUGCGUAGUUGAAGGGAAGCCAAAACCAACAAUAAAGUGGUUGAAAGACAACCAGACAUUGGAGGGGAACUCAACCAAAUAUUUCACGAAACCUGGAAUCAAGCGGCAAGACGCUGGACAUUACCAAUGCGUUGCAGAAAACAAAGUGGGAAGGAUAGUAUCCGAGCCUAAAGCCAUAGUAGACGUGCAAUAUCCACCAGUCAUCAAUUCCUCAAAGAAAAUCAACAUAAUUCCUGUGCCAAUCGGAACAGACRUGUGGCUUUCCUGYCGYACUGUAGCAAAUCCUCCAGCAUCUGUYCKGUGGUUUGCCARUGGAAUUCUAGUGAAACGCAACGCCGAGGUUUUCCACUUAAAAGUUUCCAGUUCUUUUGAUUAUGCGAACUACACUUGUGUUGCUAAUAAUCCAUUUGGUCAAGACAAUAAAACUUUUGUCUUAACACAAGUUGGGCCACCCUCGAACCCACAAGUUGACUGCGAUAAAAAGGGCGACGCCAGCCUGGAUCUUACAUUUAUUUUCCAUUGGAGUUCGCCCAAGAAAAGUGGAGGAGCCCCUGUGUUCUUGUACACCAUCAAACACCGCUCCUUUGUCAASGCGUCACAAAGAAAUACACAGGCCUGGAAGAGUAUAAAUGUUACACACAAGAGAACCUGGUAUAAGUUUAAACUGAAGUGGCAAAGGACUUUUGAGUAUACAAUCACGGCCUGGAACAAGUACGGGGAGAGCACACUUGAUAUUGAUAACACUUGUCUUAUUACAGUUGGAAAAGACACCCGCAUCUUUACAAUAAUGCCGACACAAGACAUAGUAGCAGCUGCCGCCAAGAAGAACUCAAAUAAUCACGAGCCAAUAAAGAACUUAUGGCUGUAUGUUGGUGUUGGUGCUGGAGUACUUGGGUUGGCACUGCUGGUCUUGUUGAUAUAUUCGUACCGUAAGAGGCGAAAAGCUAAGAAGGAUAACUGGUAUAUUCAUCACACAAGUUUCAAUGCUUUUACAAUGGAAAGCAACAUGCUUGAAGGUGCUUCAGUCAAUAGUCAUUUGCUCCAAGCAGAUACACAGUCUGGUACCAUCAAGAAGCAGUCAAUGGUGGGAAGCCCUCGCUACCAAAUGGAUCCUGAAUGGUUUAUUCCACGAGAAAAAAUAUGUAUCGUAAAGGUUAUUGGUAAUGGGGCAUUUGGUCUUGUCUACAAAGGACGUGUGCAUGGUUUUGGACCAAACACAUUGGGGUGGAACCUUGUGGCUAUUAAGAGCCCUUAUGCUGAUGCAUCUGAUGCGGAAGUGAAAGAUUUGAUGAAAGAAUUUGAGCUCAUGAAGACAUUGAAGCCACACCCACACGUGAUAAAGCUGUUGGGAUGCGGGGAAGACGAAGGCCGCCCAUUGGUGAUCAUUGAGUACGUACCAUUUGGCGAUCUCUUGGGAUAUCUGAGAAAGAGCAGAGGAGAGAACGAUGACUACUAUUCGGAUCCAGAAAUCAAGCCUAACACAAAUUUGACAUCACAACAGCUCAUUCGUUUUGCCUGGCACACUGCUGAUGGCAUGGCUUACCUUGCCUCUCAAAAGAUCCUUCAUCGUGACCUUGCAGCGCGUAAUGUUCUUGUUGGUGAUGGACUGUCCUGUAAGGUCACAGACUUUGGAAUGGCGAAAGAUGUCAGCAACGACGAUAUCUAUAUUCGAUCGACAGAGGGUCGUUUGCCAGUGAAGUGGACAGCCAUAGAGGCAUUGACCGGUGGAGGAGAGUACACCACACAAAGUGAUGUAUGGAGUUUUGGAGUUGUCCUAUACGAAAUCUGCACAAUAGGUGCUGAGCCGUUCCCAGGGGUUGCUGCUAAGGAAAUCCCACUACACAUUGUGGAAGGAUACCGAAUGAAACGACCAGGCCACGUAGAUCCUGAACUGUAUGACAUAAUGAUGAGUUGCUGGGAGACAAACCCUGAUGACAGACCAACAUUCCCAGAGCUGAAGGAAACACUUAUGAAGCUGGAGGAAGUCCAGUCAAGGGAUUACAUUAACCUUAAGGAAUGCCGACAGUACCAAAACGUACCCGUCACUCCAAGCACAAGACGAGCAGGAAAACGAGACCUAGGAACGCUAAAGGGAUCCGUCAGAGGCAACCCUUAUCACAUUGGACCAGGAACACAAGGCCAAGUAACCGCUGUCUAAAAUGAGUAAAGCUAGGCUUCUCUUGUUCUACUAUAGAUACCAAUUACUCUCUUCUUUGUCCUACGUUAUUUGUUUAAUUAGUACUUGGGUUAUUUCAGCAAUGCAGGCUGAGGUCCUGAGUGUAGCUAUACAGGCGGGGAAUGUCCUCGUCAAAUUGAAAAAAAAAAAGUUUUAAAACAUCAUCAUUAUGGUCUUAUUAUAAGAUAUACAGGAGACCUAUUGGUGAGGGGAAAAAACAUGGUAAAUGGUAAAUCAUGACUGAGUCGCCAUUAAGGCAACAGCUUCUAUAACGCAUAAAGAUAUAUUCCUGCUCUUUACCGAUAUAUUUGCAUUUGAAAUAAAUUGAAAUCAUUUGUAGACUGUAAAA